AUGGCUUCAUCAUCGCAAGACUCAAAAGAGGGUCCCUGGACCGACGAGACGAGGCAAAAGUUCCAGAGCAAAUCGAAAAGCGAAUUCUACGAUCCUUGCCAGGAAGCGGCGCAGCGGAGUUACAAGUGCUUGUACAGGAAUAACGGGGACAAGUCGAUGUGCGGAGAGUACUUCCAGGCGUAUCGGGAUUGCAAACAGGCUUGGGUGGAGAAGAGAAGAAAAGAGAAGGGUAACUGGUGGUGA